AUGCGAUGGCACAUUCAUACACCUGUUAGUGUGAUUGUUCAAGAUGAAACGGGAGGCCUGAACGAGUUGCAGAACUCUGUGAGGCAAAAUGGGGACAUUUAUGCCAAUAUUGCGAAAACGGACCAACCAAUUAGCAUUAGUCACUCACGGAGUCCGUCACUGUACGAUGCUGAUUCCAGUUUGUCCGUCAGCCAAUAUGCUGUGGAGGCGCUAAAAAACUUGGCCAAAAUGAGUGAACCACCGAAGAAAAAAUCGUUUAGUUGUUUCAAGUCCGGCACGUGUAUGAAAAAUCGUGUCACCCCUUCGGAACAAGCGGCACUGAAAACCACGACGAAACAAAUUGACCACGAGAACCCAGACAGUGCUUUUGCUUACGUGAACUUUGGUGAAUUUGAUGCUCUGGUUGAUCUUCUGCUACACUGGCCAACCGUAGUUCGACAGAAGGAUCGAAACGGACGUACAUUGCUACACCAUGCAGCCGCAAAAGGAAAUUUGAGUAUUGUCAAACUACUGGUUGCUAAUAACGCGCGAGUCAGUGAAGUCGACGAGCAAGGAAAUUUACCCAUUCAUUUGUCCGUUACUGAGAACCACGUGGAGGUAACCGAACUACUCCUUUCUUGCGGUUCGGAUGGUUUGGUAGCUAACAAUGAUGGCCUUCAGCCGAUUCAUUUAGCAAGCGAGAGGAACAAUACGAAGAUUCUGGAGCUUAUCCUCGCACUGGAUGAAGUUGAUGUCAAUGCGGAGGGAGAACGAGGUGCCACCCCCUUGCACUACUGCUGCAUACGUGACAGCGUAGAAUGUCUGGAUGUACUGUUGCAACACGGUGCCAACAUUUAUCUGCGCGACUUGGAAAAAACAUAUCCAAUACACACGGCCAUUGCGAACAUCAGCCACAAAUGCGUGAAAGCUCUGUUUGAACAUGAGGAAAAAUAUUACGGGUCCAGAUUGCAAAGGAAUUCCCUUUCCAGUGUCCUCAAUGUUCCCGGUGCUUUGUCAUCAACGANCGCAUCACGUCGUAGCAGCAUGGAAGUGAUCUCGCGAAUUCUCGGUGUGGAAUCAGGACGACGGUUUUCUAAAGCGGAAAAGAGACUGUCACAUCUUGCACGAACUUUGAGACGUUUCAGUCAGCAAAAUAUGACCGGUGAUGAGUGUCUUAUUGAGUUGACUGACUGUGAAGGAGAAACGCCGCUACAUGCAGCAGUGACUUCCGGGAACGCCGAAAUGGUUAAGAUAUGCCUCGAAAAGAAUGCCAAAAUUCUAGCCAGACAACAUGACGGUUCCACCCCCGUACACUACGCUUGCAUCAAAGAUGAUCUGGAAUGUGUACAGAUGAUGUUUGAUGCCAAACCGGAUUUGAAGCCUUUGGUCCUGAAAAUGGCAAAUAAGAAUGGAUACACCCCACUGCACUUGGCUGCCGCAUACAAUCAUGAAAAGUUGCUUCUGUAUUUAGUUGAACAAGGAUCCCCGCUCGAGAUGACCGACGGGAACGGCUGGACUCCCCUGCUUCUUGCCGCGGUGAAGGGCUCGUUCCAAGCUUGCAUUAGUCUCCUCCGAUUAGGAGCCAAUCCUAAUGCACACGACUUGAGCAAUCGAAACCUCGUGCACUUGCUAAUGCUAUUUCGUGGUCCCGGUGUGCGUACGGUACUUCCAGAAGUGAAUGAUGAAGACUUGUUUAAACGUUUGGUUAAUGAGAAAGACAACCAUGGCUCCACUCCUCUGCAUUGGUCCACUCGAAUGGGCAACCUAGGAGCAACCUCGGCCUUUGUUUUACGUGGUGCUUCAGCCUUGGAAAGAGAUAAUGAUCGAGAUACACCAUUGCACACCGCGGCUUACUACGGUCGACUACACACGUGUGAAACACUUCUUGCCACUUCUCAUGGAAUGCGUGCCAUGAACUCCCCAGAUGCUCAAGGUCGUUUGCCGCUGCAUGUGGCAGUCGAAAAAGGUCAUGUGGAGUUGGUCAAGCUAUUUCUGGACAAGGGUUGUGUAUUUCGAAAAUGUCAUCUUGGUAACACUCCGCUGCACUAUGUCGCGAUUGGAGGAUGCAUCAGUACUUGUCGUCUUCUGCUUCAGACAAAUCCAUCUCUUUUGAACCAGUCCAAUUUUCAAGGAGUACGUUUCUUCCUAUUUCCUCUACCUCACCAUGUUCCUCGGAUAACCAGUAAAAUGACCGCAUUGCAUUAUGCUGCCCGGGAGAACAAUGCCGAAGUUUUGGAACACUUAUUGACAGCAAAGGCUCUCGUGACAACAGACAAAGACGGGAUGUACUUUGUGACGUAUGCGCUUCAACGACGGAACCAUGAAGUGAUGAAAGUGAUUGUCACCCAUCCAAGGUAA